ACCCCCGAAACCCACAGCGAAAAGCCAAGAGCGCCUACCGCCCCAUUCGUUCGAUUUCCUGAUGGCGCCCAAGGCCGAGAAGAAGCCCGCGGAGAAGAAGCCGGUGGAGGAGAAGGCCGAGAAGAAGCCCAAGGCGGAGAAGCGCGUGCCAGGCGCCGGCAAGGAGGGCGGCGACAAGAAGGGGAGGAAGAAGGCCAAGAAGAGCGUUGAGACCUACAAGAUCUACAUCUUCAAGGUGCUCAAGCAGGUGCACCCGGACAUCGGGAUCUCCUCCAAGGCCAUGUCCAUCAUGAACUCCUUCAUCAACGACAUCUUCGAGAAGCUCGCGCAGGAGGCCGCCCGCCUCGCCCGCUACAACAAGAAGCCCACCAUCACCUCCCGGGAGAUCCAGACCUCGGUGCGCCUCGUCCUCCCCGGCGAGCUCGCCAAGCACGCCGUCUCCGAGGGCACCAAGGCUGUUACUAAGUUCACCUCGGCUUAGGUUGUCGGGUCUUUUGUUGCUGUCCUGUUUCGUUUGGUCAAGUGUUUAGCGCAGUGUUAGGUUGCUCGUGCGGAACAAUGUACUAUUGUUUACGUUUGCAAAAUGAAUUAACGAUAUUUGUGGAAGUUUCGAAUAUAAUUUGCUUGAAAUCUUGAGAAUAUCGUUUUCUAUUUGGACCA